ACACAGGUGCUCUAUGCAGACCUGAUGGUGGGCGCGAUUGGGUUGGCAAUUCCUAUUGGAAUUGGCCACGUUCAUAUCAACGUGGCACGAUAGAUCCCGACUAGUUGCUCCUGUUUCUAACGUCCCUCCUUUUUCCCCCCGUUUGAAUCGAUAGGAAAACUGACGGCGGGGGGUAUAAAAGACGACCACCCAUUCAACGUUGGAUUCACAAACCUCACAAUCGCCCGAAUAGAAAAUGAAGUUGUUUCCGAUUGUCUUCCUUUUGGCUGUCGUCUGUUUGGCCGUCGCUGCUGCCCAGGAGGCCCCAAACCCCAAACCCAAACCCCCCAGACCCCCUACUACAACGACAACAACCACGUCCACUGUGAGAACGACAACAACUCCUGUCACGACGACAACAGUCCAGCCAAUCAAAACAAGAAAAACCAAGAAAACCACCGCGACGACAACGACCACCAGCCAACCAACAACCACCACAACAGCAACAACAUCGCCGAGACGUACUACCACAGUCAAACCAACAACCACGACUACCGCCCCACGUCGUACCGUCACCUGCACUGCGUUAGCUCUCACCGAAAUAUCUGAAUCACCUUGCGGGACUUGUACUUUGCUGACGCCAACGAGCGGGACUAUCCAGUCUCUCAACUUCCCCAACGACUACGGAGUGUACAAUUCCAGUGAUACGUUCAUCAACUGCCUUUACACGAUCAAGGCCCCGCCGCGCAGGAAAAUACAACUGACAUUCACCACGUUCGUCGUGGAACAAAAAUUCGACCUAAUCAAUGUUUAUGACGGAAUAUCUCCGUCCGGGACGAUUCUAGCGGCAAAUCUCACCGGUUAUUCCCUCCCCCCUGCUCCAUAUACGACCGUCGAGACCAACCAAAUGUCGGUCGUUUUCGAUACGGAUAGAAAUAAUGCCGGUCUACCGUUUCGUUUGAGGCCCGCCAAAUGGCAGGCGACAUUCAAGGUUGUUCCCUAAUCCAAACAGCGCAAGUUCAUUCAUGGCUGACAA